CCGGACAUUCGUUUACAAGAGCUGCCUGAUCUAAUGACUUUACUGUGAAAAGCUACAGCACUCCAUCAUCACUGCAAAAUUCUUAGUUUCUGUUCUCAAAAGGCCAGCUCAGCACUAAUAGAGGAAAGAAGAAAGAGGGAGGGACAGAUCAUGGAGCAAGAGAUGACCAAGGAGGGUUGGAUUGAGAGAAUGGUAAAAAUAGUUAGAGAAACUGAUGUUAAAGGGAAAGAUUCAAGGGUGAAAUGACUGUACGGAGCCAAUGAUGCAAACAGAUGUUCUUUGAUUUUGCUCUUCUGUAUUUAGCUUGAUAUUCAAAUUAACUGUUUUCAGUGUUGGAAUAGAGGUACUCCUCGUGUUUUAUUCAUGCUAAGAUUCUUUCUUUUUUUCUAAAAAAGGACUUUUUAUUGUUCUAUUAAAUAGAUGUUAAACUAAACAAGGAGUAGGAGAUCGCAGGCAAUUCCAAAAAAGUUGCUCAUUGGAAAAGAUGUGGUCUCAGAAGCAAAGAAUGGGAGGAUGAAACAAGGACGCUCCCUAAGAACUAGCCGACAAUGACGACAAGAGUGCCUACUGUUUUAUUUGAAACAGAGAAGGUUGCAGACGCCCAGCUUUCUUCCUCACUUAAUUCUUCGGUGACUGGCUCCUGCAAUAUUGACGAGUCCUACAAGUACAUCUUCCUGCCAAUUUGUUACUCCUUUACCUUUGUCUUCAGUAUAACCCUUAACUUUGUGGUUCUCUACCGUUCCUUUCGACGCACCAGACGCUGGAAUGCGUCUCUGAUUUACAUGGUGAACCUGGCCACGACAGACUUCAUGUAUGGUUUAUCCCUGCCCUUUCUGGUGGCUAGUUACGUUAUGCGGGACGACUGGGUGUUUGGAGACUUCAUGUGCCGCCUAGUGCGCUUCCUCUUUUACUUCAACCUCUACUGCAGCAUUUUCUUUCUCACUUGUAUCUCAGUGCACCGCUACCUGGGCAUCUGUCACCCCAUGAAGACCAUCACCUUGGAGACCAAACGAGCCGUGAAGGGGACUUGCGUUUUGGUGUGGAUUGCUGUUUUUGCACUAACAUGCCCAAUUUUUCGUUUUGCACAGACGCAGUAUCUUCCACGUGAAGGUAAGGGUACGAGGGAGGAGAUGUUCAAUAAUUGCUGGGAUGAUGCCAUUGAUAGAGAGUUCCAUGACUACGUCCCAUACGGGGUCACGCUUCAUUUCUUGGGGUUUUUUGCACCAUUUAGCAUCAUUGCCUGGUGCUACUCGCGUGUGGUGUUGACUAUAUUUCGGACGCUGCACUCUCAGCCUCCUCCUCAAAGAGUCAGAAGUGGAACAGGCUGUGAAAGCGUCGCAGGGAUAGGGGGAGAGGGCAUGUCAAUCAUCUUGGGUGCUCACUCGCCUUACGUGAACAGGCGUCGCAAGUCUAUCAAGACCAUAAUUACCAUCACUCUGCUCUUCGCCCUUUGCUUCUUUCCCUUCCAUGUCACUCGCACCAUUUUCCUGCUUCUGAAAGUGACAAGUAAGGUGCAGUGCCACACCAUGCGCAUGGUUUCCAUCUGUUAUAAAAUCACUCGGCCUCUGGCCUCAUUCAAUGCCUGGCUGAAUGCACUGCUUUAUUUCCUUACCAAAGAGAAAAAUGGGCCCUGCUGUCAAAAACCUAAACAUGCCCAGCAUGGUCUCCUAUGGCCACUGAGGAUGCUGGGAAAAGGAGAGGAAGAGGAGAAUGAAGCCGAGGAGACAAGGAACCAUAAGGACAAUGGGCCAACUGCUGAAAACAAAAUAUUCCGAGGUCUACCUUAAGGAAUAACAGUGCAGGACACCAACAAGUGAGCCUGGUGGAACUGCCUUCAAAUGGGAUUCAUUUGAAAUGAACUGUAAUGUUUUGUUAUAUUCAAUGUAUUUGUGUAAUCCUGUGUAUUCACAGAAAACGUGGAUGAUCUUGUGGUUGUUUUGUCUUUUCAAGACCCCUAACAGAUUGUUUUUCUUGUUGAUUGUUUGGAGGGUUAAUUCGUUACUGAAAAAAUGCUGAUUGCAAAAGCAUAUAUAGAAUAAAAUACUCAUUUAUUGUUUAUCGUAUUUUUUUUGCUGUUGUUGGCAUACCUCAGAUUAGAUAUAUUUUGUGCAUGAACUGUUUAGUGCUGUCAUAUAUUAAUAUACCUUGUUGUGAAUAAUUAAACUGUUCUAAUAAAUGUUCUAAAAAUGUAAUUAUGAUUGCUUAAUGCGCCAUUAAGCACUGUUCCAGAUUUGUUUGUCCUUCUGUGAGUAUAUAAUCUUAAUUUGUUGUAGAAUAAACUUCCUAAGGGUGGCUGUUUAGGCAACAUGUUCACAAGUUAUAUUUACAUAAUUUAAACAGACCUUCGGGUUUGCAAUGGUGGUCAAAAAGUGUUCCUUACUCCCUUUUUCAUAUAGUUGUAUUGUACCAGGAACCUCGCUUUGUGUACUUUCUAAGUAUGCUGAACACGAGUACAUUAGUAAAAGGAACAAGUAAACUACCCUUUGUCCUUCCGUCUUACUAAAAUAAGUUAAAAGCAGAUGAUCCACAGAAGACCUCAGCCUCAGAGACUUGUUAUUACGGCUUGGUAUUACAUUGGUUAAUGAUCAACUGUCCUGUAACAAGAUUUUCUGAACUAAAGGAUAGCCUGUCUAAAUGUAAACAUUUAUAUAUUAGAGGAAGAAUGCAUGUUAUUGAUGAAAUACCUUGUCAGUAUUGCAGCAAUAAAUGUAGGUGUUUCUGUUCCUCGGUGAAGAUCAGUACAGACUAUAAUUUGCUUUUGCAGUAAAUGAUACUGUAUGAUAGAGUCAUGGUAAUGCACAGAUAAUGUAUGUUGAGUAUCUAGAUGUUUUAAGAGAUUGUUUUGUGAUUUUUAAUGUAGUCAUAAUUCAUUUCUCCGAUAUUUAUUAUUGCUUUAGGAGCAGACAUGUUGCAUGUCUAUGUCAAAUGCAUACUAAACUCAAAACUAGGCAUAGAUACAUAUAUAUAGAAAUCAACACACACACACACACACAAUUUAUUUAAAUGUGUUUAUUCUUUAGCCCCUGCUCUGUUGAAUUUUGCCAAAAGUUUCUGUCUCUGCCAUAGACAUUAGGUCUAUAUAUCAGGUUCUGUGUACUCUUGUGAGAAUAUGUUGCUAUGUUUGCCAAAUUUAGUAAAACUUCAACAGUUGA